AUGUCGACCACCCAACGCGUUGACUUGGGCGCAUGCCGGAACCCGUCGCUCAACAUCCGGCCCGACCUCGCGCGUGCCGCCACUGCUAUCACCGGCCCUUCUGCGGACGAUGAGCUUGUGGGUCCCCGCGGCAGCUGGUGGUGGACCGGCAAGGCGCCCAUGGAUUGCCCGGGUUUCGAUGCCAAGGCUGGCGUCCUCCGCUCUCUACCGCUCCCCAACUUGCGCUCCUUCACGCGGCAGAGCGUGCUUGACUACUUUGAUAACAUCUGGACACUAACGGAGGUCUUGUUUGCAAGCUUGCAAACCGCGGAUGCCUUUAUCCGGCAGCCGUACCACCAGUUGCGUCACCCCAUGAUGUUCUACUACGGCCACCCAGCGGUGCUGUACAUCAACAAAUUUCGGGUGGCGGGCCUGCUGGAGAAGGGGAUCAACCAGUACUUUGAGCAGCUUUUCGAGACGGGUGUCGAUGAGAUGAGCUGGGACGACCUGUCCCGUGGCCGUGACGACUGGCCGCCUGUACGGGAGGUGCACGAGUACCGCAAGCAGUCGUACGCAGUCAUCCGCGAUAUCAUUCUGAACCAUCCGGCGCUUGACAAGGGCGAGGUCGGUUGGGACGACCCCGCCUGGGCCGUUUUCAUGGGCUUCGAGCACGAGCGCAUCCACUUGGAGACCUCCUCCGUCCUCAUCCGGGAGCUGCCGCUGACCCGCGUCCGCAAGCCCGAGUUCUGGCCCGACUACCACCCCAGCUGCCGCAGCCCCACGGUGCCGGUGCCUACGGAGGGUGUGGACUACCCGGUCAAUGCCAUGGUUCCUGUGGGUGGCGGGAAGGUGGUCCUGGGUAAGGACAUUGACUACCCGUCUUUCGGUUGGGACAACGAGUACGGCAGCAAGGAGAUCCACGUGGCGGGCUUCAGAGCCUCCAAGUUCAAGGUGACCAACGGCGAGUUCCUUCGCUUCGUCAAGGCGAGCGGCUACAUGAACCCCAAGUACUGGUCCGCGGAGGGCUGGGGCUGGAAGACCUUCCGCAACGUCAAGUGGCCCACGUUUUGGAUGCCCGAUGGACCGCAAGGCCUGCACAGGUACAAGCUGCGUGUUCUGUUCGACGCGGUGGAUAUGCGGUGGGAUUGGCCGGUGGACGUUAAUUACCACGAGGCGCGGGCGUUUGCCGCCUGGCGCACGGAGCAGGACGGCUCUCCGGUGCGUUACCGCCUCAUCACCGAGGCGGAGCACAACUUGAUCAGGAACAUCCGGGACAGGAUGGAUGCGCAUCUGCUGGUUCCAACCGCCGCAACCAACUCUCCGGAGCAGCAGGAGGCCGCAGCCGCCGGCCGCCGUCGCCCCGCCGCGGAUGAGCACGUCUCCCCGGACGCCACCAUGGUGGUGUCGGGCUUGGACGCGCUGACGUCAUCCGCGGCUGGCUUCAACUUCCAGCUGGCGUACGGCAGCCAGAACCCGGUGACGGAGCUGCCGCCCACUCUCCCUUCAAUGCCCUUCAUGUUCCCCUUGAAACCCCUUUCAUCAGGCGAGAAGGGCUUUUACGACACAUUGGGCAACGCAUGGGAGUGGGGCGAGGACCACUACGCGGCCUUCCCUGGAUUCAAGGUGCACCCCUUCUACGAGGACUUUUCUGCGCCGUGCUUUGCGGGGAAGCAUCAGCUGAUUUUUGGCGGCUCGUUCAUCUCGACGGGUCAGCUGGCUUCCAAGUUUGCUCGCUACCAGUUCCGACCCCACUUCUUCCAGCACGCCACCUUCCGUUUGGUCAAGCCUGACGUUGACAUGUCGUUGUACGACAGUGAGCGGUACGGCACCCACAACCCCGUGACACCGUUUUACGAGACGUCGUGCAUGGAUUCGGCGCCGCCGCAUGUGGGUGAUGGGCCUUGUUGUUCUGUCCGCCGGCGCGCCGCCUUCACCCCCACCCGCACCGAGGAGGCGGCCUCCACGAAGGCCAAGUUGGAAGCGGCGCAGGUGGCUUAUGAGAGCGACGCCAUCCUGGCCCAGUACCUCUCUUUUCAGUACGGCCCCCUGGACCGCGUCUACCCCGACCUCGUCAAGGAGACCGGCAUCAUUGCCGACGCCCUGGACUUCCCUCGCAAGCUGGCUGAUUGCCUCACCACCUGGGCAGAUCGGUCCGGAGUGUUGAAGCAGCAGGAGCCGGCGGCAGCAGAGGAGGCGUCAGGCAGCGGCCGCGGGCUUGCCGGACCAAGGGCCUUGGAUUUGGGCUGCGCAGUGGGCCGGUCGUCGUUUGAGCUGUCUAGGAGGUUCGGCGAGGUCGUUGGAGUGGACAUCUCCAAGACGUUCAUCGAGGUUGCCGCCAAGAUUCGCGACAAUGGCCGCAUGGACUACGAGUGCGCUGUGGAGGGCGAGAUUACGGAGCGGCUCACAGCAAUCCUGCCGGCAGCUUCCGAGCAGCAGCCGGGCCAGGCCGAGGAACAGCCAAUUAAUGCAAGACGCUGCCGCUUCCUGCAGGGUGACGCAUGCGACCUGCCGUCCUCUCUGGGUCAGUUCGAUGCGGUAUUGGCGGCUAACUUGCUGUGCCGGGUUCCGGAGCCGACGGCCUGCCUGGCGCAGAUCAAGACUUCUCUGAGGCCCGGAGGUGUGGCGCUGAUUACUAGUCCCUUCUCCUGGCUGGAGCAGUACACAGACCGCAGAAACUGGCUCGGUGGAGGUUACAAGGACGGUCUGCCGAACAGGUCCGCCGAGGCGCUCAAGUCGCAGCUAGCGCCAGACUUUGACGUCCUGGAAGAGGGCACCAUGCCGCUCAUUAUCCGAGAGCAUGCGCGCAAGUACCAACUUAUCAAUGCGUACAAGCUCGUCGUGCAACGCAAAAGCGACAGCAGUCAAUGAGAUUUGAUUUCCGCGGGACGGAUUCCCUGAGAGCUGGUUUGGACCGGGGCGGCGCUCGCCCUUGUAGAGAAUAAUAGUAUUAAGAAGUUUUGCCGAAAGAGAUGGAGACCCCAACGUGGGUCCACACACCACGCAAAUUGUUGUGGUAAUGAAGGGGAGAGGUUGAGAUGUGGGUCUGUGAUGUAGAUUGAAGCUGUGGAUAGUGAAAAAAGUGUUGGUUAUCUCAUACCACCGGCCAUGUUGCAUCUGGCAGCUGCUGGUUAUCUCGGUGGUGGCUGGAUGGGCUUUGCUGAUCCUGCAGGAGAGUGAGGCGGCCUACUUGAACUGGCGUGAUGCUGUUCUAGCUGAGGAGUAAAGUGGUUGGAGGAAGAAAGGAGUGAAGCGGAGCGGCGAGGCGGCGAUGGUAAGACGUGAGAAGCGGUGAAUGACCAGCGGCGUGACGGUGUCUGAUGAGUGUGAGAAAUGGUGUAUGUGAGCGCUUAAGUAGUGACAUGGACGCGAUUUUUAGUCGCGGGGGACCCCAAGUGCAGUGUGUGACCACCUGGUUGCUGUGGCUUGCAACCGUGACGUGUCGGCCGGUUCAUCGGUGAUUCUGCGGGGAUCUGCGGGAUUUAUG